AACCGCCUUUUAGUAGCUGGACAAAAGUAAAAUUGAGGAGGAUUCUCUUAUAUUAUCCUACACAUUCACUCCCUUUAUUGUUUCCUCAUACACUACACUACACUACACACACCAACGCAAAUAAACACUGAACUAAAAACCCCAAACAUGGAAAGCACUCCUCUAGGCUCCGAACACCAUAAGGACCAAGAUUUUAACCUAAAAGACUGGCAUCUUCGAGCGCGAAUCAGCCUAGACAAUACGAGCUCAAGAAGGUAUUCGGCUUCCUAUAUUCAAAGCUUUCGAGAGGAAUCAAGGUCAUCUUUUACGUCCAAUUUCACCAUCUCUAGCACCGCCUCCUCCCCCGGCUAUCAAAUCAAAGAUGAGAUUGACCCUUCAACGUAUUCAUUCACCACAGCACUCAAAGCAUUACAAGCAAAAUCAGGAUACGUAUGGGAAUGUUUAUCACCAGAAGGGUUUGUAUUAAAUUCAAAAUGGGAUGAAGCAGAAAGAUAUAUACGCGAUCCAAUAUCAGGAGAAGUUCCUAUGGAAUGUUUAUCUGCCAAAACGCUUAAUGGGAGGUCGUUUCGAAGUUACAUGGCUAGUAGAGUUACCAUGUCUGCCCCUCUUGUUUAUUCUAUUAUUAAUAGUAAGCCACCUCCUGUGGCUCUUGUUAAACAACAACUUCUUAAACUUCCUUCUCUUGGACAAGAAGAGAAGAAAAUAGUUGGAUGUAAGAUAAGAGAUGUGGGAACACAAAGUAGCCUAAUUACAGAAGACAGUUCAAGUAGUCCAAGUCCUACAUUAUUAUCAACUCCUUCAAUUAAAGAGAGAAUGAUUAAAUGUUGUGAUCAAACUCAAAAUUCAACCUCUACUGUUAAGUUGAAUCCUAAACAAGUGCUACGUCUCCUAUCUUUCUUAUCUUUUUCAAGCCGAGAGACUCCUUUUGAUCGCGCUCUCCUUUAUGGUGUAAUAUGCAGGUGGGAGUGAAAAUAACAAGAGCGGAAGAAGAAACAAAAAGAACAAAAGAAAAUGGGCACAAGAACAAGAAGAAAUUAGGGCAACUUUGUAUUUGCAGACAAAUUAAUGGGUGCUUACCAUUAUCAUCAUGGAGCUGCUUUUGGAACCAUUAUAAGAAAAGUGAGAAAAUAAUUAAUUAAAUUGUACUUUUAUUAAAAUUAAUUUAUUUCUCUUUCUAUGAAAGAAGUAAGAUUAAAGUACAUAUAUAUGAUUUAAGAGAAUAAUAACUAUUUAUUAUCUCAAUUUCAACAA